AUGGGAGCCGCGGCCAGUACCCCUUCUGCUCCUCCUGCAGAGCAACCUGCAGCAACAUGUCCCGUUGACCACAAGACUCGCGAAAUUUGGCUGCAACAGAACGGCAAGGCGCCUCAUCCUCCGAACUCCGACACACCCGAACAGACACAACCAAGCAAGUCGCAACGUCCACUGUCGACUGAUCGCGAAGUGAGCACUAUUCCUCGCGCAGGUGAUUUCAGUGCAGAGGGUGCCUGUCCCGAAGCCAACAAAGGCGCCCCAUCCCCAUACGCUGCGUCGCAUGGCACCCCAUCAAAUGCCGAAGCCGAGACUGGCCACGACAAGGCCAGUGGAAACUGGAUCUAUCCUUCCGAGAAACAGUUCUUUGAAGCUCUCAUGCGCAAGGGCAACACACCCGGAUCUACCGAAACCGCCACUGAACUCGCGACGUCGGUAGCCUCCAUCAUCCCAAUCCACAACGCCGUCAACGAGCGCGCAUGGGACCAGAUUCUUGACUGGGAAAAGAAGGGCCCUUCAUCGGACCCAGGAAGCAAGAAGUGCGGAGGACCUAAGCUCUACUCCUUCCGGGGUCUGGGAGUCGAUCCCCAGUACCUGAGCCCGCGUGCGCGGAUCAAUGGAUGGCUCGGCUACCAGCACCCAUUCGAUCGACACGAUUGGGUUGUGGAGCGUUGCGGGGGAGAGAGAGUUGAAUAUGUCAUUGAUUUCUAUCAAGGCAAACCAUCGGGUCAUGGUACUUCUGGCUUGGCAGCCAAUGCUGGCCCUGGUAAACUCAGCUUCUUCCUCGACGUGAGACCCAAGUUGAACUCUUACGAGGGCUGGAGGCUGAGGUUCAACCGCUUCACGGGCCUUUGA